ACGAGAAAUGCCGCUACGGCGCGCGGACGUGUUCUAAAUUCAAACUUUUAUCUUUUAAAUUUUCGUUUUUUUAAAUUCCUGUGACGAAGACAUUAUUGUGAACAGCCAGUUGGAUGAAAAUACAAAAUGGUGGAAUUUAAAAGUGGUUUUAGUUUGUUUGUUGUGUUAGUUUUGGCCAUGGCGUCGGUUUUGGACGGACAGACCUUGGGUGGUCCAAUGCACGGCAAGGCAGUCGUCUGCUACGUGGCGACGUGGGCGGUAUACCGACCAGCGCCCGGCAGCUACUCCCUCGAAGAUAUUGAACCCUCACUGUGCACUCACCUGGUGUACUCCUUCGCUGGACUGGACGAGACCAGCGGCGCGAUAAAGAGCCUUGAUCCAUGGCAAGACUUGGAGAAGGAUUACGGCAAAGCGGGCUACAAACGGCUCGUGGCGCUGAAGCAGCGUUACCCGCACCUCAAGGUGACCAUCGCAAUCGGCGGCUGGAACCAGGGCUCGCUGCGAUACUCGCUGAUGGCAGAGACUGCUGAGGGCCGAGCCAAGUUCAUCAAGAGCGUCAUGCUAUUCUUGGAAACGUACAAGUUCGAUGGGCUGGACUUGGAUUGGGAGUACCCCGCCCGCAGGGACGGUAGACCGCAGGACAAAGCCAACUUCGUCUCGCUGGUGAAGGAACUGAACGAAGCCUUCGAGCCGCACGGUUACAUCCUCACGGCCGCUCUUGGAGCUGGUAAGGAGACCAUGGAAGCUGCUUAUGAGCUGGCCAAGCUGAGCCGAUACCUGACCCUCAUCCACAUGAUGUGUUACGACUACCACGGCACCUGGGACGGGGUGGUGGGGGCCAACGCCCCGCUAAGAGGCUUGGACGAGAAUGAUGAGCUCAGUGUGGAGUUUACAGUGAAGUACAUGCUAUCGCACGGCGUGAGUCCCUACAAGCUGGUGUUGGGGCUACCGAUGUACGGGAGGAACUUCAUCCUUCAGGACCCGGAGACCAGAGACGUGGUCUUCGGACGGACGCCCGUCAAGAGUGUCGGGUUCAAAGGACCUUAUACCAGGGAGGCUGGGUUUAUGGGGUACAAUGAGAUCUGCAUGGAGCUCACCAAUAAGACGUCGGACUGGCAACAAUACUGGCACGAGCAGUCAUCGACCCCCUACCUGCGCGACGGCGAACGGGUCAUCUGCUACGACAACGCACGGUCUAUUGCUGCUAAAGUCAAGUUGGCAGUAGACUACGGUCUAGGCGGUCUGAUGGUAUGGAGCAUAGACACGGACGACUUCAAGGGCACCUGCGGGCCGGAGACGGAUGUGUACGUGGACUUCGUGGAGCGUUACAACAAGAUGGUGGACGAUCCUGUGCUGGUGAAGGCAUUGGAGACCCUAAGGUUACCUGAUGCUAACCGCGUCACUAAACGCUCCUUCUAUACCACCGCGAACGGAAAACUCCACCUGCGGCUACCAGAGCCAGAAUUUUCCAACUACAAUCUGAUGAGGACCAUAAACGAAGCCACAAUGCUUGCCAUGGAGGAGAAGCGUAUCACAGAUGAAAUGGAACAGAUCAUUAAGACAAAUGUUAUAGAUGAUUUCGAUAAACCAACCAAAAGUGCACCAGCAUUGGCUAGCAGCAUGGUGGUGUUGUUAUGUGCGCUAGUCAGUGUGUUUUAAGACAUUUGUUAUUAUUUUUAUUGUGGAAUUGAACGGGAAAAAGUAAGAAUUUUACGCUGCACUUUGAUUUGUAGUAUCAAUUUGAACGGUCGCUUUCGUCAAUCCAUAGCAAUAUGUCAAUUUUUGAUCGAUGAAUCUAAUAAAACUAAGCUAUAGAUCCAAGAACUAUCAAUGGUGCUAAUUCCUGUAGACACCAUCUAAUUUUAUUUUAAGUUAUAUCGGUCAUUUUCUUAUCUGCCGAAAAGGAAUGGAAGGGGUAAUCGACAAGCAUAAAAUUUAUGGAACACACGUCAAUUUUAAGCACAAAACCCUAUAAAAAGUUUGCAUUGGCUAAUAAUCCGACAUAAUUAAGUUGACAGCACACGUCAAACGGUUUGUAUAACAGCGAGUUACCUUUUUGAUUUGCCCGGGUUAUUCAUUAAUUUACUCAUUCUUCCUAAAAUUAAUCAAAGCUGUUUGUUGUGUGUAAAUCAUCUGUCCCUUUCAUUUUCGGCGGAUAAGAAAAUGGCAGGUAUAAUUUAAAGUAAAAUUAGGUGUCUGCAGGAAUUGGGGCCAAUUUAUUGUGGUCUGAAAUAACGUUACAAUGUUUCCGCCCCAUACUGGGCGCCAAUAGUUUAUUUGGCGACGAAGAAUAAUCUUUUAUUAGGUACAUAUUUAUCAUUUUAAUGACAUUUAUGUAAGUACCUAUUUAAAAGAUAAUCUUGAAAACUAUUUAAACGCUUACGUUCUAUUAAUUUAAGCAUAGUUUUUUAUUUUAAUAAUAGUAGGUAGGUAUAAUUUUUGACAAAUUACUAUUUUAUGUGUACCUACUACAUACACGUCUUACAAUGGAAAUCUUUGAUAGUCAUCUUUACUAAACGUAAUGGUUACAUUCUUUUUGGUCGUCAUAUUGUGACUCACGCUAAAGAAGAAACGUUGAAAAGGUAAUAAUGUAGUGUAUGAAUCUGGGGGCACCGGAGUGCCCACGCCAAGACAAGCAAAGCGAAGGGCGUAGGUAAUUAUGAUUUAUAUAUUGUAUCUAGGCCUAAAAUCAGCACCAAAUUCUGAAUAGAUAUACAUCUACUAAUAUAAGAUUGAUUAAGUACCGUACGUACGUAGGUAUUUUAAAUUAACAUGCACUUAUUAUAGUUUUUGUGCUGUGAUGAUUAAUACCUAGAAAUACUCAAUUAAUUAGUAAGUUUUGGAAUUCUUUAUUUAAUUUAAAUAUCUCUUCAAAAACUUCACUUUAGUCUAAGAACAAAUUGUUAACAAAACUGGCAGUCGCUUUAAUAUCGACAUCGACAUA